UAUUUUUCUAUUAAAACUUGUGCCCAAGGCUAGCGGGACAGAUAAUAAAGAACAGAGGGAGUAUUAUUCUAAGUCUCUAUCAAAUACACAUAAUAAGCAUAGAAAAGAAUUGAAAUAGAUCGAGAAGAAAUGUUCACAUAAUUCCUUUCACAUUAAUCAUAAACACAAAAAAUGUAUCCACAAAAUCAUCAUCAACUAAAAAGCUACAUAUUGAGAGUUCACAAUAUGGUUCAAACAAGAGAGUUCACGAUAUCAUAUUGGGAAAAUUGUCAAAUUAGUCCAUCUACUUUUACCAUAAAGUCAAUUGAGUCCAUAUACUUUUUAACGAAUCAAUCAAGUACACGAACUGUCAAAAACAAUGGAAUUGGCUUUUUCACAGGUGAUCAACCGGUUUCCCGUUGACGGCCUACGUGUGAUGUGCGGUGGCUUUUUCUAUUUUUUAUCCUUUUAUUUUCUCUCCCUUUCUUCUUUUCUUCUCUUUCUUUCUUCUUGCUCCUAUUCCUUACCCGUUUCAGGCUUCCACCGUCCAACACUCCAACCUGCCACCAACUCCUCUUUCUGAGUUCUCCCCCCAUUUCCUUUCUUCUCUUUCUUUCUUCUUCCGUCCACCUGUAUCAGGAAAUUCAAAAUUGGGGCUUUUGAUGCCAAGCGCGGGUUAAUUGCCAUGCCUUGAAUGUCUCCGGGCAAAUCCGAAGUUGGGCACGGGAGGAAGGCGACGAAAUGGGCGAUUGUUGCAGCGGCUUGGACACCGCUUAAACGUCGCCGGGCGAAGAAGAAGGUAGGCGCUCGAGCCAUUUCCGACGUGGGGUGUGUGUGAAGAAACAGCCUCCUCGAUGCGGACUGAGGUUGGACCACGACGCACAACAAUGGUGAGAACCCCACUGGCAGAGAUGGCCGAGAGAGCCCUGAAGUUACGCAUUCCCAGUCAUGACUACUUUCCUGCCCAGUAUUCGGUGUGUUCAAACUUUAGAAAUGCUGCCAAAUGGGUACAAAGCAGCUUAUCUGCAACAGAAAUAGAAAUUUUUCGCGCUUUACCAUGGGGCCAUCUUAUUGACAUCCUACCCACACAAUUCUCUGGCCAAGUCUUUCACAUGCUGGCCUUACACCUUUUGCAGGAGCAACCUGAUGAGGAGCUGUGGUUUGCCAUUCGGGGUACACUGUAUAAGUUUACUUAUGUGGAUUUUUGCCGCAUAAGUGGAUUACCAGCGGGUGCUGAACCAGUAGCUGCUGCAGGUGAUGUUUCAGGACAAGAAUCUGGCGAUGAAGCUGAACACGUAGGGGCCAUUGCUAAGAAGUAUUUAGGUGACUCAGUGGACAUUACACACGUCAAUUUGAAGAACAAAUUUGAGAAACUUAAAUUUUCCAAACGUCGUGAUCAGAUGGAUGUUGUAAAGUUGGCCUCCUUGUUCUAUAUUGAGUGUGUGUUGCUUGCUAAGGACAACACUACGAGGAUAAAUGCAUCCUCUAUCAGACUGGUGAAUGAUUUAGAGGAAUUCAAGAAGUGUCCGUGGUCACUUCGUUCGUACAAGUUAUUGGUGAGUCAUAUGAAGGGUCUGAUGGAUGGUCAACCUCAGAAGUUCAAGGACCGGAAGGAGAGCAAUCCAAACUAUAGUGUUUGUCUGUGUGUACAAAGACAUAACAAUGUAUUAUAUUUGUUGUGAAUAGGACAACUUACCUCCGUUAACAGCCCUCGGUCCAUAUUGGGAGUGCGUCAAUAGAUGUUGAGGCCAUACAAGUUGUGAGCAGGAAAGAAGUGAAAAAAAGAAAACGAUGUCGUUCCAAAUACCAGUGCUCACCAUAUGUUGAGCCCAUUGUAUCCAUUCAACCUGCUAUAUUUCACCCAACUGAUGAUCAUAUUGCAUCUCUAAAAGCUUGGAUAGAAGAAGCUGACACUGUUGAACCUAAAAUCUUUUUCAAUGAAGGGAAGUUGAUCAUACCCACCGGCCUUAACAACGGCCACGGUGAAGCUUUUAUUAAGUUGUAUUCCCGCAACAUCAUUUAUUGCAAGUUUCCUUGCCAUUCCAUGAGUUAACCUCCGAUUGCAUCGGAA